GUGCAUGGAUGGCCGCCGCCGUCAUAACCACCGUUCUCCUCCUUAUAACUUAUUUCACAGCCACCAAGUCCACCGUGAUCUUCACCGGCUCGGUCUCACCUAAUUUCACAGCCUCUCAUUUCACGUUUAUUGAUCAAACAGGCAAUUUUUUACGUUCUAUCAAUCAAACUUACACGGCGGCAAUACUUAGCCAAGAACCGACUUCCUCCUCGUUUUAUGUCGUGGUUUAUCAUACCGACUCACGUGUCAUCGUGUGGACGGCAAACCGGAACAACCCCAUUUCAGAUUCGGGUCAACUUCGACUCACUCAAACAGGAAUCACCAUAUAUGAUGAUUCGGGGACACCUGUAUGGUCUACGCCCCCGGUGGAGUCAAAAGUGGAUUCUUUGCAUUUGUUUGACUCUGGGAAUUUGGUUUUGCUAGACAGCUUAAAUCAAUCUGUCUGGCAGUCUUUUGAUUACCCAACAGAUACUGUUGUGUCAGGACAACGGUUUCUGUUGGGUAAAACAUUAGUUUCAAUGAAAUCUCCGGCGGAUUUUUCUGCUGGAGAUUAUAAGUUCACUUUGACAUCCUAUGAUGGGAUGUUUCAGUGGCGAAACUCAACUUACUAUAGAUUGUUGAUGGACCCAAAAUCUAUUAAAAACUCGAACCAACCCAUAUCAUAUCUCAUGGUAAAUGGGUCGGGCUUUUAUUUAUCUGGUGACUCAGGGGUAGUGGUACAAGUAUUACUAUCAUCAUCGGAUAAAGAUGCCGGUUACCGGAUUUUAAAGAUCACAAACGACGGUUAUUUAACCGUCACAAGAUUCAUAAACAAAAACUGGGUGACGGAUUUCACUACGCCAGCAGACACUUGCCGGGCUCCCAACAGAUGUGGGAAGCUCGGCCUUUGUUCUGCUGACGGGUGUUCAUGCCCGCCAGGGUUUCAUAACGACCCAAAAACAAACACAGGGUGUUCCUUUUUGGAAAGUUCUUUAUUGUUCCCAACACCUUGUGAUGGGAACAGAAGUGUCCUACGAGAAAACUCGUCGGAGACUUAUAGCUAUGUAAAACUCGGAAAUGGGAUGAAGUAUUUUGAGAUUGAUUAUAUGAAUCCAUUUGCAAGUGGGGUGAGUCUAUCAUCAUGUGAAGAUCUUUGUAGUGCAAAAUGUUCUUGUUUGGGCUUAUUUCAUGAGAGUUCAUCAGGACUAUGUUAUUUGAUUUUUAAUAAUUUGGGUUCAAUUAUUUCAAGCUCAAGUAAUGACUCUGAUGAUAAAUUGGGGUUUAUCAAAGCAAUAUCUUCCUCACCUGCAUCUCGAUUUCAAGAUGAAAAUUCGAGUUCUGAUUUCCCUCUGGUUGGUUUAGUGUUACUUCCUGCAUCCGGGGUUCUAUUAAUUGCGAUUUUCGCAAUUUGGAUGCAUCGAAGAAAAAGAAGUACGAAAAUGAGAUCAAAUUCUAAGAAAUUGGUUGAUAGUUCAUAUACAGAUGAUCUUGAAAUGUUCUCGAUAGCCGGUUUACCCAUAAGGUUUGAUCACGAGGAUCUUGUUCAGGCAACCGCGAAUUUUAGUACACAAAUCGGGUCAGGUGGGUUUGGGACAGUUUACAAAGGGGUUCUUCGUGAUAAGACGGUGGUCGCGGUGAAGAAGAUUACUGCUUUAGGUGCUGCAGGGCAGAAGGAAUUCGGUACUGAAAUCGCGAUUAUUGGAAACAUUCAUCAUGUGAAUCUAGUUAAGCUCAAAGGAUUUUGUGCACAUGGAAGGGAUAGGUUCUUGGUUUAUGAGUACAUGAGCCGCGGGUCGUUGGAUAGAACCAUCUUUGGAUCUGGACCGCCUUUGGAAUGGCAAGAGCGGUAUGAGAUUGCGGUUGGGACUGCUCGUGGUCUUGCGUACUUGCACAACGGGUGCGAGCACAAGAUUAUACAUUGUGAUGUUAAGCCGGAAAAUAUUCUUUUAAGUGAUAGUAUGCAAGUAAAGAUUUCCGAUUUUGGGUUGUCAAAAUUACUUAGCCCGGAGCAAUCGGGCUUGUUUACAACGAUGAGAGGGACCCGUGGGUACCUAGCACCCGAAUGGCUUACCAACGCGGCCAUAUCAGAUAAAACAGAUGUUUACAGCUAUGGUAUGGUUUUAUUGGAGUUGAUUCAAGGAAGAAAGAAUUGUGUUCAAGCUCGAACACAUAGUUCAGGGAACCCAACUACUAGCACAGAGGGUAAGUCCUCGGGUUCCUCAGGAACCCGGACCCAUUAUCGUGCUAGAGCUUUUUAUUUCCCAUUACACGCAUUGGAAAUGCACGAAGAGGGUAGGUACUUAGACCUUGUUGACCCAAGGUUAACUGGUCGUGUGUCAAGAGAAGAGGCCGAGAAGCUAGUUAAGGUCGCUCUAUGUUGCUUGCACGAAGACCCUUCGUUACGACCCACAAUGGCUAAUGUGGUUGCAAUACUAGAAGGAACGUUGCCAGUUAGUGAACCGCGGUUGGAGUUGUUAAACUUUUUGCGGUUCUAUGGAAGGAGGCUCACCGAGCCAUCAAUGGCUGAAACCGGUGUCGAAGUAGAGGUACCGAGUGGGUUUAUGGUUCCAACCAUGGAUAGUAGUAGUCCAAGUGUGUCCCCGAGCACUUGUUCGUAUAUGUCAGCACAACAAGUUUCGGGUCCUAGAUAACAGUAAAAAUGUAUAUAUUAUUGUUGAAUGAUUUCUAACUUUUGUUUUCUUAACUUUCAAGAAAGUAUAUAAUGUUACGAAUA